UCUGAGGAAUGAGAAUGUUUCGCAUACGUGUUUACCAUGUCGUAUAGAUGCUCCCUAGUAUAUAGCAUCGUGCCAUGGCUUUGAGUCCUAGAUUUCUCAGCCCAAACUUGAUCAACUGCUGGUUCAUGUUGGUCCAAUAUUAAUCCCACUUACUCUUCCAAAAUUCAGCCUGCAGCCAGCCAGUCAGUAUGUGAUAGAAUGCCGCACUUCAACGACAAAAUUCUUUAAAAGUUGUCAGGAACCGGGUCGACAUCCAUGAAUGAUUCUUAGGGGGGGAAGUUAAACAAGAAAAAAGCAAAAGCUGAGAAAAGAAAACAGGAAAAUAAUAACGAUGGACAGUCAAUCGAUGCAGGUCGAUGAGAAUAACCCAGAAGGCAACCACGCCGCCCUCCAACAGGUCGAAUACCAAUCGGGCACCGCCCACGACCUUCACCACCAAGCCGAAUCAGCGCAACACGACCGCGACGCAAGCAACAAUGACGAAAUUAGAUCGGUCGCGCAGGACAGCAGCGUUGACCUCACCGAGACAGCAUUCCAGUCAGAAGGCUACUUCUACCAAGACGACGACGACGCCGACUCGGCCCUCGGCGACGACCGCGCAAGUUCAACCAGAUCCCUCAGUGAAAGCAUCUUCAACUACGAGUACGAAAACGGGCGUCGAUACCAUGCCUUCCGCGCAGGCGCUUACCCUCUACCAAACGACGAGCCAGAGCAGGAUCGAAUGGACAUGCAGCAUCACAUCUACCUGCUGAUGUUCGGCGGGGAGCUGUACAGGGCGCCCAUCGCACACAACAUCCAGCGAGCCCUCGACGUCGGUUGUGGCACUGGUCUGUGGGCGGUUGACUUUGCCGACACGCAUCCAGACACGCGCGUGACUGCCACCGAUCUAUCCUCCAUCCAGCCCACCUGGGUGCCGCCGAACCUGCACUUUGAGAUUGACGAUGCCGAGAGCGAGUGGGAGUUCAGCGAGCCCUUUGACUACAUCCAUAUCCGCAGCAUGGCGGGGAGUAUAGGGGACUGGCCGCAGCUACUGCAGCGGGCAUCUAACCACCUCGCGCCAGGCGGGUGGAUCGAGCUGACCGAAUUCGAGACGUGGGCGUCCACAGACGACAAUAGUCUACCGUCAGACUCGGCAUAUCAUGAAUUCCAAGUUCGACUCUGUGAAGCCGCCGCCGUGUUUGGCAAGGAGAUGAACAUUGCACCGCACAUUCACGACCUCGUGCGCAACGCGGGUUUCGCUGACGCAAAGGAGGAAGUGUGGAAAUGCCCACUGUCGCCGUGGCCGCAAGACCCGAGGCUGAAGGAGCUGGCGAGGUAUAUGAAUCUGCAGAUGAUGGAGUCGAUUGAGCCGUACUCGCUAGCUCUGUUUUCACGUGUGCUGAAAUGGGAUAAUCAUCGUAUCCAGACAUUGCUGGGCAAUGUUCGGCGGGACUUGCGGAAUUUGAAUUAUCAUAUGUACUCGAAAGUACACUGCGUAUACGCCCAGAAACCGUACGAAUGAGAUCGAGCAUGAUACCAAAUUGCGAUGCUACCAUAAACAAAUCGGGGUUUGCAGAACUUGGCUCAGCGAUGCAAAGGAUGCUGAAGCACAUAGCUAUGGGUGACUGUGCGCUGACGAAACCACGCCGAUACGCCGGUUGAUACAUCCAUGGAAUCCAUCCUUUAUUAAGGAGCCACCCAGGUUGUAUUCCUGGUUAUGAAAAGGCAGGCCCAACGAUAGAGGGUAUCGGCUAGCCAACAUGAUGCCGUGAGGGCAACUAGUAAACAUUCAGAACUAGGACGUUUCUAUAAGGUUGCAUGCAGCUAAACUUUGAAUGUGUGUUACACAGCUAUACGAUAUACGAGAGAAUCCAGAACCCAGAAUUCUCCAGUGAUUGAUGUAUCAAAGAUGAUGUAUAUAUAUCUACCAUUUUAUCAAAUUACUUGUAUACUUAAUUAUCAGAUUCAGCAUUGAUCAAUCGAUAUACAAAUUUG